CCCUUAACUUCACAUCUCUUUCAAGCAUAUAUCGUCUCUCUCAUCAUCUUCAGAGCCAGCCUCCUUGGGACUGUCUUCUCACCACCUCCUCCUCACCUCUGGUGAACUUGUCGCCUUGCUGUAGACUUCCCUGGCUUCCAUCUGACCGCUCCGCCAAGAGCACUGUAGCCACGGUCACCAGUGACCAGCUCGUUGUCACAUCUUUUCCUUUACCCCACCUGUAGUUCACCGUUCCAUGGCCCUCUUGGCUGCUCCAAGGCCACGCUCCCCCAUUUUCCCAUUCUCUCUGGCCACUUCAGUCUCUCUCUCAAGGUCUUCCAAAAUGUUGGCUUUCUCAGAUUUCUUCAUUCUGCCCUCUUAUACCACCAGAUCUCUGAGCAAAAUUAGGCUUCGAUUGCCGUCGCUGUUGAUGACUCCAACAUCUUUGUGGCCGACCUGGUUGGCCUUCCGGCUCUGUGUGGAAUUCUCCACUAGAAUGUCACUAGGUGCCUCAUAUUCGACGUGUUCCAAACUAAACUGUUUUCUCCUAAUGCCCAAUUCUUCCCCAAUGUUCCAUGCCUCUGGGAUGGAACAUCCAGAGGCGUAUCCAUCCAUCCAGUUGCCCAGCCGGACUGGGUAUCAUUCUUGCCUCUUCUCCCUCACCUUUCCAGUGGUUCGAGGACACUACAAAGGUCAGCAAAUUGGCAAGGUAGUCCAGGUGUACAGGAAGAAAUAUGUCAUCUACAUCGAGCGGGUGCAGCGGGAGAAGGCAAAUGGCACGACCGUCCACGUGGGCAUUCACCCAAGCAAGGUGGCUAUCACCAGAUUAAAACUAGACAAAGAUCGGAAAACAAUUCUUGAACGCAAAGCCAAAUCUCGACAAGUUGGAAAAGAGAAAGGCAAAUAUAAGGAAGAACUUAUUGAGAAAAUGCAGGAGUGAAUAUAGCCUGUUCUGUAGCUGUGGUGUAACUAAUAGGUUUUUGUUCUGGUCUGUAUUCCUUUGAAACUUUUCAGAGUGUCUCUGGAACAUUUUGUUUCCUUCCUGUUUUGUUGUUGAUAUGUGACUCUGUAAAUCUACUUUUACUGUUUUGAUUAAUAAUUUUAUGAAUAAAAAUUGGAACUGCUUCCCAAUUA